AUCCUCUUCUUCCCCAUCGCCCAUCUCCCAAUCUACUCCCCCGCAUCCUCUUCCAUGGUCGAAGCCCUCGCGGAGCGGCUCAUGCCGCGUCCUUGAACGCCACCACCUCCUCUGCUCUUUCCUCCUCCGAUCUCAAUAACAAAAAAAGAAUCUCCCCGAUCCCUUCUCCCCCCUUUUAGUGUGAUCCCUGAAAACCUGAAAUCCCCGCCACUCCGCUCGCCAAAGAUACGUCCUUUUUCCUCCCCGGUCCUAUAUCGAUCAUCUUUCAGGUUCCUGGUUUCGAUUGAUGUUGGUGCGAUGUCGUCGAUCCUGCCCAAGAACGAGACGGUCCAGAUCCGCGAGGUGUGGAGCAACAACCUCGAGCAAGAGUUCGCCCUGAUUCGCGAGAUCGUGGACGACUUCCCCUUUGUCGCCAUGGACACGGAGUUCCCCGGCAUCGUGUGCCGCCCUCUGGGCAACUUCCGGACCAGCUCCGACUUCAACUAUGCCACCCUCAAGGCCAACGUCGACAUGCUGAAGCUCAUCCAACUGGGACUUACCCUCUCCGACGAGCACGGCAGCCUCCCCACCUGCGGCACCGACCGCGGCUGCGUCUGGCAGUUCAAUUUCCGCGAGUUUGACAUCCAGCGGGACGUGUUCGCCUCCGACUCCAUCGAGCUCCUCCGUCAGAGCGGCAUUGAUUUCAAGAAGAACAACGAGAAAGGGAUCGACGCCCAACGCUUUGGCGAACUCCUCAUGUCGUCGGGCAUCGUGCUUAAUGACUCCGUCCACUGGGUUACCUUCCACAGCGGCUACGAUUUCGGGUAUCUUCUCAAGCUGCUCACUUGUCAGAACCUCCCGGAGACCCAGGCCGGCUUCUUCAAUCUCAUCAAGAUCUACUUUCCGACCGUGUACGACAUCAAGCACCUCAUGAAAUUCUGCAACAGCCUCCAUGGGGGGCUCAACAAGCUCGCCGAGCUGCUCGAUGUCGAGAGGGUUGGGAUCUGCCACCAGGCCGGUUCAGACAGCUUGCUCACCUCGUGUGCUUUCAGGAAGUUGAAGGAGUCUUUCUUCAAUGGUUCUACUGAGAAAUAUGCAGGCGUGUUGUACGGGUUGGGUGUUGAGAAUGGGCAGACUGCUCAUUGAGCCAAAAAAUAAAAAAAUAAAAAUAAAAAGUGAAUUAUUAUAGAA